AUGCAUUCUCAACAGUCCAAUACUCAGGUGGCAUGUAGUCAACCUAUUGCUAGUACUAUACGAAUAUCAACACCACCAAUAACUACUACACAGCAGCAGCAUACUAUUCAAAGCAAUAAUUAUAACAACAGCAGCAACAAGAGACGAAAAAAACGAUGUUCAGCGAAGCGAAGAUUACGACGAUUUAACAAGAAGUGUAUUAAACAAGGAUUAACCGAAGAACAAAAACAAAAAUUAAUGGAUGAAUAUAAUCGUACAAAUAAUAUCACUUUAACAAAUUCUUCAAUAUUAAAUAUAAAUAAUAAUAUUGAGGAAGAACCAAUGGAUGUUACAACAGUAAAUGAAAAUCAGAUAAUUAAAAGAAAAUCGAAUAAACGUAAACGAUUAUCGACUUCUGUAAGUCACCAAUCUAUUUCUCGACGAUUAUCAAAGAAAAUCAAAAGUACAGCUGCAUCAACAGAUGUUAUUCCAACAGAAACAUAUAGUAAAUUACCAAAAUAUUUAAGGAAAGCGCCAAAUCUAUUAUUUCAAAACUUACGUUUACACUUGAAGAAAAAAAUCAAUAAAUUAACUCAAAAGCGAUUCAUUUACCGACAUCUUCAAUUACUUGAUCAACAAUAUCGUCUUAGUUUACAUCAAAAUCUCUGGCAAUCUUAUUUAAAUCUAGGAUCAGAACAUCAACUAUGGGCAAACCAAGUAUAUAAACUAACUAAAUCGAAAGAUCAUCAACAAUGUCAACAGUUUGUUAUUAAACGUCUGGCUGAUCUCAAUCGACAACAUGAUCAAUGUACAAUUGAAUUAAGAAUACAAUCUUCAUCAUGUCCAUCAAAACUCUUCCCAUUAGAUAAACUUGAUCAUGAUUUACAAGAAUUUGCACAUCUACAACAAGUUUAUUUAUCGAAGAAAAUGAACUGUCAAUUAAUGAGAUACAACGAUAUAAUUGAAGAAAACAAAUUGUUCAAUACUUUAUCGAAAUUUAAUCUUACUAAUAUUCAAAAGGAAGUAAUUGAACGACUUGAAAACAUACGACAAGUACAAAUGAAUGUUGUCGAAGAUUUAUUAAAAUUAGAAACACAAGUUUCCAUGGAAUAUUUACCAAAAAUUUAUAAUGAUUUAGAGCAUUAUAUUCGAUCUGAUUUUUAUUCACCUAUUGUUAAAAAUCAACUAGCAAUGGAGUUGAAACAAAAACAAUAUAAAACUAUACAAGAAGCUAAACGUCUUUGGUUAAAUAUCUAUAUAGAUAUGUAUGAAAUUCAAUAUCAAAAUUAUGAACAACAAUAUCAACAAGAAUUAAAACAGUUUCAAUCUAUUAAUCUGAAUGCUAGUCAGAUAAAUGAAAUAACUCUUUUUGAUUCUUUUAUAACAAGUAACGUUCGCCGUGCCGACUCACUUCACCCUCGACUGUGGAACACAGAUACUUUCUGCGUGUGCUAUUAGUGGGACAAAUCGAUCUAGCAACUUGAUAUACGAUGAAAUGAGUAAAAUAUUUGUGUGUCA